UCUUCCCUUCCUGCUGUGCGAAACCGAGCACCCAAACCCUAACCUAAGGCUAUUUGGCUAUUUGAUGCCUCCUAACUUCGAACUUCUUGGUUCUUGCAAAACUUAUCGGCUGUUCAUCGAUGUCCCUUGGCUGGGUCCAGCCCUGGUGCACACGAUGCCUGGCUUCCUGUUCUGAUAGUUAGUAUAAAGAAGAUUUUAGAAAUAUCAGACACAAUAUUCCACAUGGGCACAUAUGCCUGUGUGAUGGGAUUUGGUUUGACAGUUUUACUAUGUAUCAGUAUCACCGCUGAUGGUUGAUACAUAUGUUUUUGCAUGUUUCAUGUAAAAUUCGUGUUUCUGCAAUCACGCCGAAGUUCUUUUAAGUUUCUCUGUUAUUUUGAGUUGUUAGUCUCUACUUCUUUACAAGUCGCAGGACAUUUGAGUAGAGGUCCAAUUUAGGCGCAGUCACAUGGUGAGAAUGUGUUGGAAUUACUGUACCUUAAAUUUGUUCUGUUUGAAAUGCCAUUUUUCCAGUAGCAACCAUAAAUAUCCAAGUUGUCCAUUGCUAUGGGGUUUCUAGGAAUAUAAAAAAUGGACCUUCCCAAUCUCUGUGGUGAAAAUAAUUAUGCGUCUCUGGUAUAUGCAUGCCAAAUACAUCUGAUUUCCUCUGAAGCAGUUCCCGAACCAAAACAAGAGGUUCGAAGUUGGCAGUAACAGUGCCCACUGAGUUUCUGAUCAAAACCAGGCAUUUCUGUAACUUAUCUUACAGUCCUUUCAGGAUGACCAAGUAUACGAGGAACAAAAAAAGUUCAUCUUCUCACAGUAGUUCCAGAUUCAAAAGAGUUUCCAGAAAGGAGAUGUCAUUUGCAGUGGAGAAAUACGCAUGGACAAAUGCAACUUGUCCAGUAUGCAUGGAAUUCCCACACAGCGCUGUUCUUCUACUCUGUUCGUCACAUGGCAAUGGCUGCCGUCCAUAUAUUUGUGCGUCCAGCUACCAGCACUCAAAUUGUCUUGAUCAGCUUGUAAUGUCAUGCAGAAAAGAAGCCUCUGAGGACCCAGAUGCAAUAGAGCUUAUGUGUCCCCUAUGCCGUGGCGAGGUCAAGGGAUAUACCUUGGUUGAGCCUGCUCGGAAGCAGCUGAAUCGCAAGAGGAGGAGCUGCAUGGAAGACGGCUGUUCGUACAUGGGCACAUACAGAGAGCUCUGCAAGCAUGUCCAAAAGAAGCACCCUACUGCAAACCCACGAGCUGUGGACCCCUUGCAUGCUUACAGAUGGAAGCGGCUUCUAUUUCGAAGUUCAUUGCAUGAUAUGAUUUGUUCAACUACUUCAGAGGCUAUGCGAAGGUUUUGUUCUCACAUGCUGCAGAUUGAAGAGGUUGUGGCUGCUUUGCGAGAGGGUGGUGAUCAUCGUGGCGCUACCAAUGACGAUCAACUGAUCCAUGAUCUCUUGACCUCUCGCUGAAAUGUGAGAACCUGUGUUGAUCCUGCAGGCAAUCUUUGCAUGAAUCCCCAACUUGGCACCCCUGCCGAUUCACAUUUUCUGACCCGACAAAGCAAACUAGUCUUCAUCUGUCCUCAAUGAAACAGACUGUUAAAGCUUUGAUGGAUUUAUUCAUUCACAGUGAUAAUGGCUGGUUGAAUGGCACGGGGCUUUUUUUCGUACUCAUCUAGCCUCUAGUGUGUCAUGCGAUGCACUGUUCCUGUGCACCCUCCCACUGUAUGACUAUGACAUAACUGUUUCUUAUGGAACGCAAUGUGUUCCUGUUCAU